AUGCAGUUCCCCCACCGCCACGGCCACGGUCGCCGCGACGACGACGAUUCCGACGACCGCCGCGCCCCGGCACCCGGGUACGGAGCACCUGCCCCCGCCUACGGCCGCGACGACGACGGCUACAGACACCACGCCCCCGCCCCAGCCAACGGCGGCGGCCACGACGACGAGUACGAACGCCACGCCCCCGCCCCGGCCUACGGCGCUCCAGUUCCGGCAUACGGGGGAGGCGGCUACGGAGCCGCUGCUCCCGCGGCCUAUGGAGGCGGCGGCCGCGACGACGACUACUGCCGCCACGCCCCGGCCCCAGCAGCCUACGGUGGAGGCGGCGGCUACGGCGCGCCGGCGCACGGCAACGUCGUCCACGUGUCCCACGAAUCAGGCGACGAGAGGCCGCACUACGGCGGGUACGGCAGCGAGACGCGCCCGCACCAAGGGGCCGGCGGCGGCGGCGGCGGCGGGGCGGCGGUCGCCGCCGAGAAGACGUACCGGAUCAUCUGCAAGGAGCUGGUUAGUGGACGAGUCAAAUGA